ACUGCACUCCAGCCUGGGCGUUAAAGCAAGGCUCCCUCUCAAAAAGAUGAAUGUCUCUUCAUCUUCUUUUAUCCUGUUCUAUUUUUUUUCCAUACCAUGUCUUACUCUGUAGCUCACCAUAAUUUAUUUGUGUGCUUAUUUUAGGUUUCCCUCAAGUAAAACAUGAACUAAUCCAGGCACGGUUUUUGUUGUUCCAUUAUUUUGAGGGCUGGGCACAUAGAUGCGCAAGGAGUGCCCAAACUCAUCAUCUCACUCUUUAUACAGCUGGGCAAACUGCCUAAAGUUUCCUCAAGCCUCAGCUUUACUAUUUUCUUAAAUGGCUAAGACUCACAAAAGACAUCUAGUUUUAAAAACUUUGCGACCCCGGAAGUAAAAGGUUAAGGAAAGGGUUCACAGGAGAAGGCUAUUUCCGUUUCCGUACGGAAGCAAAGGAGCCGACACCAUGGCGAAAGCCGGGGAUAAGAGCAGCAGCAGCGGGAAGAAAAGUCUAAAACGGAAAGCCGCUGCCGAAGAACUUCAGGAGGCUGCAGGCGCUGGGGAUGUGGCGACGGAAAGCGGGGUCCAACCCCCGAAAGCGGCUGCCUUUCCGCCAGGCUUUAGCAUUUCGGAGAUUAAAAACAAAGAGCGGCGACACUUAAUGUUCACCCGGUGGAAACAACAGCAGCGGAAGGAAAAGUUGGCUGCUAAGAAAAAACUUAAAAAAGAAAGAGAGGCUCUUGGAGAUAAGGCUCCACCAAAGCCUGUACCCAAGACCAUUGACAACCAGCGAGUGUAUGAUGAAACCACAGUAGACCCUAAUGAUGAAGAGGUUGCUUAUGAUGAAGCUACAGAUGAAUUUGCUUCUUACUUCAACAAACAGACUUCUCCCAAGAUUCUCAUCACAACAUCAGAUAGACCUCAUGGGAGAACAGUACGACUCUGCGAACAGCUCUCCACAGUUAUACCAAACUCACAUGUUUAUUACAGAAGAGGACUGGCUCUGAAAAAAAUUAUUCCACAGUGCAUCGCAAGAGAUUUCACAGACCUGAUUGUUAUUAAUGAAGAUCGUAAAACCCCAAAUGGACUUAUUUUGAGUCACUUGCCAAAUGGCCCAACUGCUCAUUUUAAAAUGAGCAGUGUUCGUCUUCGUAAAGAAAUUAAGAGAAGAGGCAAGGACCCCACAGAACACAUACCUGAAAUAAUUCUGAAUAAUUUUACAACACGGCUGGGUCAUUCAAUUGGACGUAUGUUUGCAUCUCUCUUUCCUCAUAAUCCUCAAUUUAUCGGAAGGCAGGUUGCCACAUUCCACAAUCAACGGGAUUAUAUAUUCUUCAGAUUUCACAGAUACAUAUUCAGGAGUGAAAAGAAAGUGGGAAUUCAGGAACUUGGACCACGUUUUACCUUAAAAUUAAGGUCUCUUCAGAAAGGAACCUUUGAUUCUAAAUAUGGAGAGUAUGAAUGGGUCCAUAAGCCCCGGGAAAUGGAUACAAGUAGAAGAAAAUUCCAUUUAUAAAGUACUGAGAGAAUAAUAAUUGGAUUUUGCUGAACAGGCCUAUCUUGAACUUUUACCUGGUAAAUUAUUUUUGACAGAAUACUCUUUUCAAAAUGGCAUUUGCUGAUUUCAUAAACCUUUCACGUCUGGAUGAAUUACCAAAUGCCAUGAAUUGCCACUGUGUGUUUAUGUAGAAAAUACAAAUAAAAGUUAUUUUGAUGGCUUAGGUUUCCUUUAAA